CCGUUUAUUCAGUUGUCACCCGACAGCCGAGCGAGAAAGACGCGAUCACAUCGAUCAGCGUGUUCUCAAAACUUUACGCGAAACUAAACUGCAGUUAUAAACGAACUGAGAGUGUUAGAUGUGUGCGUAGUGUUUGUGUAUAGUGAUGACUUUUGAAUGGAUCGAUCGGCAUCUAUGUCUCCUGGACGUGCUCUAAUGUCAGAGGGGAUGGAAGCCAAAGACCGGCUUGUUGAAGAAAUCUUGCUGCUUGCACUCUUCAUAGUGUCGACCGCGGCCAAUUCCUUGGCGUUGCUGGUCUUCUGUCGACGACCUGGAUUAAGGACUAUUUCCAAUCGGUUUGUAAUAAAUCUAUUGGCGACGAAUCUAUUGACGACGUGUCUGUUGGCGCCCGCGCUGUUCGGCGAGCACUCUGCGCACGGGGGCCCGGGCGCCGCUGCGUGGACACUAAAAGGCAAUGAUACAUACUUAAAAAGGUUAGCUCCUGUCUUCCAUAUGCUGUCAUCGAUUGAACGAGCCAUCACCAUCUCCACCCAUCGUGCUGCUGAGGCGAAGACUGACUCAACUCCAGUCUACAAAAGCUAA